AUGGAUGCCCAAACUGGCCUUGCAAUAGCCACCAGCCCGAACGACAUCGCUGCUAUUCCAAAUCUAGUCGGUGACAUUAAUGAAUUCGUUAAGAAUUUGGAGAACGGCGGGAAUGAAGCACGCCAUAAGCUGCUUCUCAAGGCCCGGGAUCUGGUUCAGGCUCUAGAGACCCCCCGCGAGACCAUGAUCAAGCACACGUGGGCCCAGCCUGGCGCUGCGGCCGGUCUCAUCACUGGUGUCGAUACAGGCCUCUGGGUACUGAUGGCGAGAGACGGCGACAAGCCACAGAAGGUUGCGGAAGGCAGAGAGUCUUGGAAUAUACCCUGCAGACUCCUGCGCCACUUGGCUGCGAUGGGAUACCUCGCCGAGACUGGCCCUGGCGAGUACAAGCUCACCAAUUUCACUAAAUCGAUGAGUCUUCCAGUUAUCAGCGGUGGUUACAUUGCGCUAUUGGGGGGAAUCGGACGCAGUUCAAUAGAAUUCCAUAAGUUUCUUCGCAAGACGAACUGGCGUAACCCGAUAGAUGCCACGAAGACAUCAAUGCAUCUUGCCUAUGGUACAGAUCUCCCUAAUGCCUUCGAGUACCUGAGGUCCAUCGGAUAUGGUCCACAUACGAAUAACCAUAUGGGAGGAUACCGUCAAGGGCGCCUGCCAUGGAUGCAUGAAUCAAUUUACCCCGUAGCGAAGCAGCUUUUCCCGGGUGCAGACUCCAAGCCCGAUGCUCCGCUAGUGGUCGAUAUUGCCGGAGGGUUGGGCCACGACAUAGCGGAGUUUCAGAAGAUGUAUCCUGACCACCCUGGGAGACUCAUACUACAGGACCUCCCCGUGGUGAUUGCCGACGUCAAGGACCUCGACUCCAAUAUCGAAAGGAUUGGAUACGACUUUCACACUGAACAGCCCAUCAAGGGCGCUAGGGCAUACUUCAUGCACUCUAUCAUGCACGACUGGCCGGAUGACGUCUGUAAGAGAAUCCUAUCGCGCAUAGCAGAAGCCAUGAAGCCGGGCUAUAGCAAGCUGCUGAUCUUCGACUGCGUCAUCCCCCGCACGGGCGCUUAUUGGGAAAACACGGCCGGGGAUAUGUUGAUGAUGACGCAACUAUCGGCGUUAGAGCGCACGCAGGAUAACUGGUAUGACUUGAUCGAGGGCAACGGGCUAGGGCUUAAGAUCGUCAAGAUUUGGAGGUGCAGUGACACGGAUGUGGAGAAUCUCAUUGAGUGUGAGCUGGCUUAGAUGAGGUGGUAUUACGUAGUGCGAUUUCUUUUCAGACUUGAACUGGC